UCCGAGAGCUGCCUGUUUGUGUACAGUUACAGUUUCUCCUGAAGCUGAAUUCAGAUCAGCACUUAAAGGGGUUUAGUAAAGCUCUGUCUACCUCAUGUGCUCAAUCCCGCCUCCUGUAAGGCAGCCCGAGGACCUCACAUAGUAAGAUGGCUGAAAAACAGAAACACGAAGGCAGGGUAAAGAUAGGACACUACAUCCUCGGAGACACGCUGGGAGUCGGAACAUUUGGAAAAGUGAAGAUUGGAGAGCAUCAGCUAACAGGACACAAAGUUGCCGUGAAGAUCCUCAACAGACAGAAGAUCCGCAGUCUCGAUGUUGUGGGGAAAAUCAAACGAGAGAUUCAGAACCUUAAGCUCUUUAGACAUCCGCACAUCAUCAAGCUGUAUCAGGUGAUCAGCACUCCCACAGACUUCUUCAUGGUGAUGGAAUACGUGUCUGGAGGGGAACUCUUUGACUAUAUUUGUAAGCAUGGGAGGGUGGAGGACACAGAGGCGAGACGUCUUUUCCAGCAGAUCAUCUCAGCUGUAGAUUACUGCCACAGACACAUGGUGGUGCACAGAGACCUCAAGCCAGAAAAUGUGCUGCUGGAUGGCAACAUGAAUGCCAAGAUCGCUGACUUUGGUCUGUCAAAUAUGAUGUCAGACGGAGAGUUCCUGAGAACAAGCUGCGGAUCACCUAACUACGCCGCACCAGAGGUCAUUUCGGGAAGACUCUAUGCUGGUCCAGAGGUGGACAUCUGGAGCUGUGGCGUCAUUCUCUAUGCACUGCUCUGUGGGACUCUGCCAUUUGAUGAUGAGCACGUGCCCACCCUCUUCAAAAAGAUCCGUGGAGGGGUCUUCUACAUCCCAGAAUACCUCAACCGCUCAGUGGCCAGUCUACUUAUGCUCAUGCUACAGGUGGACCCACUGAAGAGAGCUACUAUCAAAGACAUCAGAGAGGAUGAGUGGUUUAAACAGGACCUUCCUGGCUACCUCUUCCCUGAGGACCCCUCGUACGACUCCACAGUGGUAGAUGAGGAAGCCGUGCGGGAGGUGUGCGAGAAGUUUGAAUGCACUGAAGCCGAAGUACUGAGCAGCCUCUACAGUGGAGACCCUCAAGAUCAGCUGGCCGUGGCGUACCACCUCAUUAUCGACAACCGGCGAAUCAUGAACCAGGCCAGCGAGUUCUACCUGGCCUCCAGUCCCCCAACCAGCUCCUUCAUGGAGGAGGGCAUGCCCCUGCCACCGGGGGUCAAACCUCACCCCGAACGGAUGCCCCCGCUCCUGGCCGACAGCCCUAAGGCACGAUGCCCUCUGGAUGCUCUCAACACUACCCGACCCAAACCGCUGGCGGUGAAGAAGGCAAAAUGGCACCUGGGCAUACGGAGCCAGAGCAAACCAUACGACAUCAUGGCUGAGGUUUACCGUGCCAUGAAACAGCUGGAGUACGAGUGGAAAGUGGUGAACCCGUAUCACCUGAGAGUGCGCCGGAAGAAUCCUGUCACUGGGAAUUUUGUGAAGAUGAGUCUGCAGCUCUACCAGGUGGACAAUCGUAGCUACCUGCUCGACUUCAAGAGUAUAGAUGAUGAUGUGAUCGAGCACAAGUCAGGGUCGUCGACUCCUCAGCGCUCUGGCUCUACAGCUGGCCUCCAUCGACCACGGCUCAGCAUCGACUCUGCGAGCGUGGCUGUUGAGAUGCCCCAGCUCAGCAGCUCUCUGCCGGGGUCUCUGACCGGGAGCACACCCCUGCUGGCCCCGCGUCAGGGCAGCCACACCAUGGACUUCUUUGAAAUGUGUGCCAGCCUCAUCACUACCUUGGCUCGCUGAGACCAACGCACCCAUACGCAAAGUACACAUCAGAAAACACCAUCAUCUGGUGGUCUUUACCUCUUAGAAACCAGUCAAAAGGUGAAGUGUUAAGGGGUUGUGAUAUAUAGAGUUGGGGAUGCUUUUAUGUCAGUCCCACAGUAGCAGCACAGACAUACGGUGGUCCCAAAAAGGUUUUGGACACUAAAGACACAGGUAUGAAAGUCAUUGUAUUAGUCCAAAUUAUCAUUUCAAGGUCUUCAGCAAACAAGUCAUGCUAAACCUUUUUGUUAUCACUUUAUCAUGCCCCAUUUUAUAUAUUUUUAUAAUAUAAUUCAGAAUAUAUACAAUGUGGCAUGUAAUUUAUCAUUUAUAGCAUACUAAUAAUGCUAUUUAUUAUUAUUAUUAUUAUUAUUGUGCUAUAAAUGAAAAAUUAUGAUUGUUCCAUUAAUGUUUGACAACUGCCCAUAUACCUCCCUCGCCCCAUAAUUUUUCUUUUGUAAUGGUAUAUGUAUAGUUUUUAUUCUUUUAAACCCAACAAAGAUCUUUUAUUUAUGGAAGCUUGUUUCUGCCACUAAAUAAAAAAAUAAAAAUGGUAUUUGUGCCUUUU